CGAGAAACCGCCAAGUCAUAAUGACCAGGUAAGAAAGACAAGAUGACACGACUCGGAAGGAAGACGCGUGAGGAAGCCACGAAAACGCCGCCAGGUCACGGGAUCCAUUAAACUCGGCGGAUCGGCGGAACAUUUACUAUCCACCACCAUUGCUGGGACCAAGUGCCUAUACAACAAACAUCCCCCAUACUCACCACCCAACACACAACCAUGUGGAAGGCCACGGCGCUUCUCGAGCCGAGUCUCCUCCAGGGUGGCCAUCGUUGUCUCAGCUGCCAAUUGCGCAGCGCUCGACACAACCCAGUCGCCGCCGCCGCCGCUGCUCUGCGGUACUACAGCACCAGCAAGCCCACCACCCGAUCACCACCACCACCCACCCAAAAAGUCCAAUUCCAACAAACCUACACGCCCUCCACUUCAAAGGCCCCCUCCCCCACCAGCAAACCCGGCGACGAUGACUUCAUCCCGCCGCCUCUGGACCGCCCCAUCGGCACGGUGAUUCCUCCCAAGGAAGGCCAAAACACCGGCAUAGACGACCGAUCAUUCCGGGAACGCCGCGACGACUUCGUCAACUACGAUAGACAUCUUGAGCGUCGGAAAGAACUAACCCGACAAGUCGCAAAACCGUACUUCCGGGAAUGGUCCAACAUGCGCUACCACUCAGGAAAGACCUUCACGUCCAACCCGCGGCUUUUCAAGCGCGAAAGAGCGCUCUACUUCCCCAACAUGUACGGCAUAACGCUCGCCUCGCCCAAGACGCCGCAAAACACCACGACGUUGUUCCGCGGCAAAAUCACCAUCGUGAACGUGUUCUCCAGCCUGUGGGCCGAGUCACAAGUCGUGACGUUCACGGGCCGCGAGCAGAACCCUGGGCUGUAUAAGGCGAUGGAGAACGUGCCGCCUGGCAUGGUGGUGCAGAAGGUGGAUGUCAAUGUGGAGGAGAAUGCGCUGAAGGCGGGGCUGAUUCGCAUGUUUAUGUGGCGGAUGCGGGCGAAGUUGCCGGAGGAGCAGCAUGAGAGGUACUUUUUGGUGCGCAGGGGGCUGGAUGAUGGGCUCAAGGAGAGCAUUGGGAUGAUGAAUGGGAAAGUGGGGUAUGUUUAUUUGUUGGAUGAGAAUUGCAGGAUUCGCUGGGCGGGGAGUGGGCCGGCGGAGGCGGAGGAGUUGGAGUCUUUGAAUAAUGGCAUUGCGAGGUUGGUGCAGGAGAUGACAGUCAGUUUGGAGUCGGAGAUGCCGGCGGACCCAGACCCCGACACCAGGGGCAACCCCCACGAUUAA